GGGGUGGGGAUAGGGAGGGUAUAUAUGCUCGAUGCGGCCGAGAGUAGCUACAGUUCACCAGAAGACAAAAGCGACGUAAGAGAAAGAAAUCGUGGAAAAAAAUUGAGUUGGAAAUUAGUGAAAAAAAAGAGAGGGAAAAAGUUAUCGAGGAGAACUCUUGAGGGAAAUCGCGCGUAAAAGAAGAGAAGGAGAGAGAGAAAGUGUGUGACAAGAUCGUGAACCGGCGAUCAGCUGCGCGGUAGUUCUUUCUUUCCGUUAUUUAAAUUGACUGUAGUGGGUGCCAAGAUGAAUUUUUCGAUUAGCGCGACGAUCCUGUGCGUCCUAGUUGUAGCGUUGCUAUCGGAAACGGCAUACAUCGGUCCACCCGAAUUUCAUCUUAGUCGGUACAGACGCCUUUCUGAUCAGAGGCUCGCCGAGCUCGAAACGAUGAUGGGGCUGCAAAAUGUGAAGGGUGUCGUGGUUCCCGUAGCAUUCGGAAAAAUCGACCCAGCUGUCGUAGGACGUAAGCGAAGAUCCAUCACGGAAUCAAUUCUGGACCAAUUAAAUCGAAUUCGUUCCUUACCUCGGAAGGAGGAUCCGCGGGAGGAAGAGAAACUAUCGGUUGAUUCGAUUCAGAAGCUCGGCGUCACUCAAGAAUAAGUUAGAAGCCGAGAGGAGGAAAAGGCGGAAGCGAGGAGAAGGAGAGAGAAAGUAGAGCAAUUAAAAGGGAUAUACACACUUACACAUACACACACACAUACGCAUUUAAUUGAUCUCUCAGCCGUGAUUCGUCGACAACGCAUUACUACGGACCAGUUUCCGUCCGAGCUUUCGAUUCCUUUUACGGACUUUUGACGCCUGAAGAAAUGAAAAUAAUUAACUCUCAACAAGAGCAGAAAUUACUCGCGUAACGUGUGUAAAUGGACCAGAUGACAACAGCGGGAGAUGACGAGAGUGCGUACGGCAAAAAAAAUUACCGUGCAAAGUACGGUAUCCAUGGGGUGACGGGGCGUGAUCGUGUCUCCGGACUGCGUUCCUUAUUUAAGUAUUUGAGAAGAGACUUAACGAGAACAGUAUUUUACAUGUGAAUAUAUCGUCUCAGUAUUCGCGACAAUGUGCGUAAUUUCUAAGGUACAUUUUCUCGACGAGACAGUAAAUCUCUUUAGAUUUGAUUUACACGAUCGCGUUAAUCGUUUUGUUAGAGACGCUCAGAUUAAUAAUUAAUUUUUUUCGUAAUUUCGUAAGAAUGUGCAAUAUCUUCAUUUUUAAGCAUCUUCCCCCCGACCGCAUCGGCUGUUUGAUCGGCCGCUAUGUUUACUAUUAUGACGCGAGCCGCUUAGAUCACGUAAUUUCUCUUGAGAAAGCGCAAUGUCAUUCCAACUGGCUUUUCUCGAUUGCGCCAGUUUCUUUUCGUGUGAUUUGUCGAUUACUCACGAUGACAUUGAGAGACUUGAAAAGAAACAUCUGUCGUUUGACUUUUCUAAAAACGCAGGAUCUUAUAUAAAUUUUGAUCGUCGAUUCAUGAAAUUUGACCACUUUCAAUUAUUCUCUAUCUAAUGAUAAAAUAAAGCUAAAGCAAAAAAUGAAUUUUAUUAUAUAACAUGAUCAUAACGUAUCGAUUUAUUUUUUUAGAAUACAAGUCGAAGAUAUGAGAUUUGUUAUAGUAUAAUUUACUAUCAUGAUAACAUUUACCGUGAAAAGAUCAUAA